AUGAGUUGUAAAGGAGACUCCAAUGACUCUCCUUCCAAACGCAAAGUUGUAUAUGUCUAUAGUCCUCAAUACAUCGAGACAUGCGACUCGCUAUCAAAAGUCCCCAACCGGGUGAGUUGAAUGGAAAUGAUAGCUAGCUAUGGAUGCUCGCCAGAGAGGCAUUACUUUUGUCAUUAUUUACAAGUACUGAACGAUUUUUUUUUAUUCCGUUUCCCUAGGCAAGUAUGGUACAUUCACUCAUAGAAGCUUAUGGUUUACUUCAACACAUGGGGUAAGUUAACGUUAGAUGCUUGUCAAAAAUAAGGGAAUGAGCUAGUUAACUCUGGCAGGGCGUUGUUCACUUGCCCUCCACUCUCGCACUGGGGAAGUUUUAGUGAUUUACUUGACUGUAGAGUGCUGACAAACAGUAAGCUGUAUAAUGCAGUGCACUGGUGUCAUUUCUCCAAAAUACGAAACACACAACUUUUACCCCCAGUCUAAUGCUGGCCCACGCGCAUUAUAUUCGCGUGCAGAACGCAUGCGUGUGGACCAGAGCUAGUGCGCUGUCUAUGUUGGCUAGCUAACAUUAGUUAGCUAAACCAUUCCCUUUAUUUAACCAACUGAGCUUGGUGCUUGUUUUACCUACAUUAUAUGGACGUUUAAGAAGUUAUAGCUAUUAUUUUAGAUUAGAAUAAACCAACUAGUUAGCUAGCUAACGUUACCAUCCUGCUCCAAUGCCAGUACCACAUUCUGAGCUCUUUCUACAGUUCUCGAACAAUAUGGAUUAGAACUCUGUAAAGUAACUAAGUACAAACCUCUAGAACAGUCCAUCAGUAUCUAUGUUCCAUUCAUUCUUUCAGUGUUGUGAAGCCCCGUGUUGCGACCAUUGAGGAGAUGGCCAAGUUCCACACAGACGCCUACCUGGAGCACCUCCACAAAAUCAGCCAGGAUGGAGACAACGAUGACCCCCAGUCCGGGGACUUUGGCCUGGGUAAGAGGAGAGGGAAGAGCAGGCUCUCUGGAGCUAGGGAGAGAGAGGGUGGUCGAGAGAGAGUGAAAGAAAGAGGUGGGGUCGAGAGAGAGAGGGGGUCGGGGGAGAGAGAGGGGGUCGGGGGAGAGGGAGGGUCGAGAGAAAAGGGGGGGGGGAGAGAGAGAGAGAGAGGUAGUGAUGGAGCGAGAGUUGUGGGGGUUCGAGAGAGGGGGUCGAGAGGGGGUUCGAGAGAGGAGGGUCGAGAGGGGGGGUGGGAGAGGGGGGGAUGCUGGUGAGAGGUGGGUCAAGAGAUGAGAGGAGGGGGGUCGCAGAGAGAGAGUGAGGGGGUGGGGGAAAAGGGUGAUGGGUCGAGGAAGUGAGGGGGGGUCGAGAGAAGGUGAGGGGGGGUCGAGAGGGAGGUGGGGGUCGAAAAGGGAUUUGAGGGGGGCUCGAAGGGGGAGGAGGGGGGGGGUUUCAGAGAGAGAGGAGGGGGGGUCGAGAGGAAAAGAAAGCCAGAAGUUUUAGAGAGGAGGGGGGGGGGGGGGUUCGGGAGGGGGUCGAGGGGGAAGAGAGAAGAGCAGGGGGGGCCCCCUUUAGAGAGGAGAGAGGGGAGGGAGAGGAGGGGGGGGGUUGAAGGGAGAGGGAGAGAGGGGGGGGGUCGGGAGAGAGAGAAGAGGGGGGCCCCGAAACGGAGAGAGGGGGGGGGUUUUGGGAGAGAGAGAGGGGGGGCGGGCAGGGGUGGGGUCGAGCGUUUGGAGAGUUGGGGGGAGGAGAGGGGUGGGGGGGGCGGGAGAGGGGGGGAGAGGGGGGAGAGGAGGAGGGGGGGGGAGAGAGAGAGAGAGAGAGAGAGAGAGGGGGUGGAGGAAGCGAGAGAGAGAGGGGGGGUCGAGUGAGAGAGAGAGAGAGAGGGGAGAGGGAGAGAGGGGGGGGGCGAGAGAGAGGAGGGGGAGAGAGAGAGAGGGGGGAGAGAGAGAGAGGGGGGGAGCGAGAGAGAGAGAGAGAGAGCACCAGACAGCUAGGAUCUGGGCCUUCAGUGUUGGGCAACCCUAAAAGAAUACAGACUCUCAGAACAAAAAAGAACAACACAUCAGACACCAACUUAAUUAAAUUGAGGAAUCCAUUGAUUCAACAACUAUUUAGAAAAUUGGAACUCCCUAAACCAGGGAUCAUCAACUUCAUUAAGCCGCGGGACGAUUUUUCUUGGGCGGAUGGUCAAAUAGUUUGACUAAAACAUAAUCAUUUCAAACCUUGUUUACAUUUAUAUACUAUCGCGUGUCUCUCUAUUAUGCGUGGGAAUACUUGGGAACAGAUGUCUUAAAUAAAAAUCACUUGGAGAUGAUUUCCUGAUGUUUUUAGUUUUUUAUGUCCAACAAUGAAAAAGCCCCCCAAAAUAAAUAUAAAUAACUUGCGCAAAUAAAAGAACUAUAUUGACAUAUUAAAAUUAAUUCGGAACAAAAAGAAAUCUAUGAAAAACUGCAAGUUCUUGAAUCGGCCAUUAAAGACAACCAGAACCGUUGGAUUCCCCAAUAACACAAAAAUAACUAAUGGAAAACAUACAGGCCCUGCGACCCAGAAAAGCUUGUGGUACUGAUGGAAUAUUGAACGACAUGAUAAAAUACACAGACCACAAAUUUAGCACUAUCUUACUCAAAGUAUUUAACAAAGUUUUGAGUGUAGGCUAUUUCCCUGACAUUUUAAAUGGAGACAUUUGAUCCAAACAAUUAACAUGGCAUUUGUGUCAACAGCAUCCUGGUAAAAAUAUUCUGCACCAUCAUGAACCGCUGAUUACUGCACUUUCUAAGUGAACACAAUAUCCUGAGCAAAAGUGAAAUUGGGAUUCCUAUGAAAUUAUCGAACAUCAGAUCACAUUUAUACCCUACACACAUGAAUUAAUAAACGUGAAACAAAACAGAUUUUCUUGUGCUUUGUGGAUUUCUUAAAAACCUUUGAUUCAAUUUGGCAUUAAGGCAUUUUUCUCUAAUUAAUUGAAAAUGGUGUGGGUGGGUGGAAAAACAUACAAAUGUCUUCAAAUCAAUAUAUAGAAAUAACACAUGUGCAGUCAAAAUUGGAAAUAAACAUACACAUUUAUUUUCCCAAGGGCACGGAGUGAAACAGGGGAACAAUUUCAGCUCAAGUCUUCUUAAUAUAUAGACUAAUGAAUUGGCAAAAACGCUAGAACAAUCAACAGCCCCGUCUCACUCUUAACAACACAGAAAUAAAAUGCCUCCUGUAUGCAGAUGACCUGGUGCUGCUGUCCCCCAUAAAAGAGGGGUUACAGCAACAAUUAGAUCAUCUGCAACAGUUCUGUCAGACCUGGGCCCAGACAGUCAAUCACAAAAAGACACAAAUGACGAUAUUCCAGAAAAGAUCCAGAUGUCAGGGAAACCGAUAUCAAUUUUUACUGGGCUCCACUCAUAUACAGUGCAUUCGGAAAGUAUUCAGACCUCUUGACUUUUUCCACAUUUUGUUACAUUACAGCCCUAUUCUAAAAUGGAUUAAAUAAAUUGUUUUCCUAUCAAUCUACACAACACCCCAUAAUGACAAAGCGAAAACAGGUUUUUAGAUUUUUUUGCAAAUUUAUUAAAAAUUGAAAAUAUACCUUAUUUACAUAAGUAUUCAGACUCAGUUGAGCUCAGGUGCAUCCUUUCCAUUGAUCAUCCUUGAGAUGUUUCUACAACUUGAUUGGAGUUCACCUGUGGUAAAUUCAAUUGAUUGUACAUGAUUGGAAAGGCACACACCUGUCUAUAUAAGGUCCCACAGUUGACAGUGCAUGUCAGAGCAAAAACCAAGCCAUGAGGUCGAAGGAAUUGGUCGUAGAGCUCCGAGACAGGAUUGUGUCGAGGCACUGAAGGUCCCCAAGAACAGCAUUGAACGUCCCCAAGAACACCGUGGCCUCAAUCAUUCUUAAAUGGAAGAAGUUUGUAACCACCAAGACUCUUCCUAGAGCUGGCCAAACUGAGCAAUCGGGGGAGAAGGACCUUGGUCAGGGAGGUGACCAAGAACCCGAUGGUCACUCUGACAGAGAUCCAGAGUUCCUCUGUGGAGAUGGGAGUACCUUCCAGAAGGACAUCCAUCUCUGCAGCCCUCCACCAAUCAGGCCUUUAUGGUAGAGUGGCCAGACAGAAGCCACUCCUCAGUAAAAGGCACAUGACAGCCCGCUUGGAGUUUGCCAAAAAGGUACCUAAAGGACUCUCAGAGCAUGAGAAACAAGGUUCUCUCGUCUGAUGAAACCAAGAUUGAACUCUUUGUCCUGAAUGCCAAGCGUCUCAUCUGGAGGAAACCUGGCACCAUCCCUACGGUGAAGCCAAGAGUUUGCAAAGCUGUCAUCAAGGCAGGGUGGCUAUUUGAAGAAUCUCACGUAUAAAAUAUAUAUUUUAAUUUGUUUAACACUUUUUUUGGUUACUACAUGAUUCCAUAUGUGUUAUUUCAUAGUUUUGAUGUCUUCACUAUUAUUCUACAAUGUAAAAAUAAAGAUAAAUCCUUGAAUGAGUAGGUGUUUCCAAACUUUAGACUGGUAGUGUAUGUAAAUGUGAUGUUUUUUUUUGUUUUUUUUAUACAUUUGCAAAAAAUUGAUAAAAACCAGUUUUUCCUUUGUCAUUAUGGGGUAUUGUGUGUAGAAGGAUGAGGAGAAAAAAACAAUUUAAUCAAUUUUAGAAUAAGGCUGUAACAUAAUGUGGAAAAAGUCGAGGGGUCUGAAUACUUUCUGAAUGCACUGUAAAAGAGACACACACCUACACAUUUUUGGGAGAUAAAAUCAACUCCACAGGGAACAUCAACAUGGCUGUGAAUGAACAAAUAGAAAGCAAGGAGGGCUUUCAAUGCCAGUAAAAUAUCUCUCAAAUUAGACGUACCAAUUAGGAUCUGGCUAAAAAUAUUCUAAUCAAUAAUAGAACCAAUUGGACUAUAUGGCAGCGAAGUGUGGGGUCCUCUUACAAAACAAGUAUUUGACAAAUGGGACAAAGACCCAAUUGAAACCCUGCAUGCUGAAUUCUGUAAGAGCGUCCUUAGAGUACAGAGAAAAACUCCAAACAAUGCAUGCAGAGCAGAAUUAGGCCAAUUCCCUCUUCUGAUUUAAUAUCCAAGAGGUGACCAUAAAGUCCGCUCAGCCAGCUGGUCCUGAGGCUCAAUUCACUAACCACUACCAACCCAACGAAGCCUCUGGACAGCACUCAGAAAAUCUGUCCCAGCGUAAUUAUCACAAAGCAAAAAUAAAAAUAUAUCACCUAUUGGAAAGAAAUCACAAGAAAGUCGACGUAAACUUCAAUGUUAUUUGGCUCUAAACAGACAGUACACUGUGACUGAUAAAAAACAGAGGAAAAAACUAACUACGUACAGACUCGGUGAGCACAGCCUGGCCAUAGAGACCGGUCGUCACAGGCAAACCGGACUGCCCAGAGAGGACAGGCUGUGCUGAUUCUGCCCCCAGGAAGAGGUGGAGACAGAGCUGCGUUUUUUUGUCAAACUGUGACCGAUAUUCAUACAUAAGAAAUACAUUCUUCCCCCAAAUUAUAAAACAAUACAAAGAAUUAGAAAACCUAAAUGAUUAAGACAAACUUAAAUACGUACUUGGUGAAAAACCAAUAUGUAUUUAGCAGCCAAAUUUGUGGCCUCCUGCCACAUCCUGAGGGACAGCCAGUGAGAAGUAUAGUGUGAUUAUUCAUAUUUGCCUAUUCUUUAUUAUUGUUGUAAUUGCUAUUAAUAUGAGUGUAAUUAUUGCUUAAUUACAAACCGUCUAGUAUGUUCCUGUCUUUUGACCAUCGUCGCUAUAUUUUUACUUUGACAAUGUGUUUGCUUUCCAUGUCAAUUAAGUAUAUUGAAUUGAGGGAGGUCGGGGGGAGGAUGAGAUGUCGGGGGAGGGGGAGAGAGAGCGCAAGGUCGAGGGGGGGAGAGAGCGCAAGGUCGAGGGGGGGAGAGAGCGCAAGGUCGAGGGGGGGGGUAGAGCGCAAGGUCGAGGGGGGGAGAGAACGCAAGGUCGAGGGGGGAGAGAGCGCAAGGUCGAGUGGGGGAGAGAUCGCAAGGUCGAGGGGGGAGAGAACGCAAGGUCGAGGGGGGAGGUCGGUCGGUCGAGCGUGAGAGAUUUACAUGGUUAUCAAAACGUCACGCCAGGGUAAGCCUAUACGAAACACAUCCCUUAUUUGAAGUGUUUCUAAAAUCCCAUAUGGGAAUAAUGAUUGGAACAAUUUCCCUGUUUGACCGCUAGGUUUUAUGGGUAUUAUGACACCUCCACUCUAGGGCUCUAUAAGGAGGCUUGUGUCUUGUGACCGUAGUGUACGUGUAGGUAUUUAUGGCAGGACCAAAUUGGAGAGAUGUGUAGGAACAUGUCCAUGUAAUGGUUUGUAGGUUAACAGUAAAACCUUGAAAUCAGUGACUGAGGGAAAUGGGAGGACUUUCAUGCAAUGGUGUUAUGCUGGCAGUAGAGGGUGCUUUAACUCUGGAUAAAAAAACGACCCACCACCGGGCAUAAGGUUUACAAGGCUGUUUUUGGCAACACAUUAAUAUGGUUACAUAAUGAAUUUACAUUAGAAAACCUCCAUUUAUGCUUAAAUAUAUAAAUGACAGAUUGACAUUCCUUCUUCCUACUGUAUUUCCUUUAUUGUAUUGAUUCCCUGCGUCCUCUCUCCUUGUCUCCUCAAAGCCCAUUGGAGCAGAAGAUCUGAUGUGUUUUGAGAGGGAGGCGAGGAGAGAUUCAACCUAGGUCAGCAUGUUAUCAACAGUCUAGGGCUGUGGGUGGGAGACUGGAGAGAUGCAACCCCUUUCUGUUGUUAUUUAAUGGGUUAUCACUCCUCUUCUGCCAACCUUUCUAUUAUAAAAACGUCUUAAUCUCACCUUAUCUCCGUCUUUUCAUCGAUCCCUCCCUUCCCCACCUUUCCUUUUCAUUGUUUCUCUUCUGCUUCCUUCUUCCUCCCUUUGUUUCUCCUCAACACCUCUGUCUGGUCCUCUCUCUCUCUCUGUCUUUGUCACACUCACUUAUCCACCCUCUCACAUUUUCCCCCUCUACUUUACUCUCGUCUUUUCUUAUUUACUUUUCUACUUUUCUGUCUGUCAUUUGCUUCUCUCUCUCGCCACCCCUCCUCCCUUCCCCUCUCCUUUCGCCAGGUUAUGACUGCCCGGUGGUGGAGGGUAUAUAUGACUAUGCUGCAGCGGUGGGUGGUGCCACCCUGACGGCCGCCCAGUGCCUGCUGGACAAGAGGGGUGAGGUGGCAAUCAACUGGGCAGGAGGCUGGCACCACGCCAAGAAGUAAGAGUGAACUGUGUGUGAAUGGUGACCGGACAAGGACCAGGGUCACAUGUUGAUGAAUGUGUUACCAAACCAUUCCUAACAGGAGGACACAAUGAAUUAUGUUAGACAUAUAUGAUGGUCUACACAGAAGGCCUCUAAGUCAUUGAAAAUACUAGAAUGCGUUAAGUAUUUUCUGUCUUUCUGUCUCUCUCCUCUCACUUUCAUUCUCUCUGUCUCUUCCUCUCUCUCUCGUUCAGGGAUGAGGCAUCAGGCUUCUGUUAUGUGAAUGAUGCUGUGCUGGGGAUUCUCAAGCUGAGAGAGAAAUACGAGAGAGUUCUAUAUGUGGAUGUGGACCUGCAUCAUGGAGACGGUACACACACACACACACACACCCUUUUCCCCGAACUCACAUCUAAAUGUGCGUUGAUAUUGUAAAUAUUGUGUAGAUAUUUUCACCAAAUGAGUACUGUAUGUGGAUACAAAUGUUUUGUCAAGGUUGCUAAAUUAUUUGGUUUGUCAAUGAAAUAAAUCAUUGUGUGUUUUUAGAGAAUAAUGUAAUGUUUCUCAGGUGUGGAAGAUGCCUUCAGUUUUACCUCCAAAGUGAUGACUGUGUCUCUACACAAGUUUUCCCCCGGAUUCUUCCCAGGUCAGUGGUGGCUCCUAAUGCAGUACAAAUGACCGUUCUACUACAGUUGGCAAACUUCCAAUCUUCUGUGUGCGGGCCUCUCAUUCUUUUAUUUCAGUAUUAUUGUUUAUCCUAGCACUGGUAUGCUCACGUUUAGGAUGUACAUAUCACCCUCCUUUUCAUCAUAAACUUCCUUUACCUGUAGGGACUUGUAUACUAUGGUCCUUCCUCAUUGGGGGACCGCUUGCAUUAAAACUUAAAACUGUAGAACUAAAUCAGUGUCAAAUCAGCUAACAAUCUGAGAGAUUGGUAUAGUCCAUGAACUGGAGUUUGAGAAACAUUGAUACAUAAUACACACACACACUGUCAUAGUAACCCUACCAUCCUGUUGUAGGUACAGGGGACCUGUGUGACACAGGGAUGGGUAAAGGAAGAUGGUAUGCUGUCAACGUCCCUCUGGAUGACGGCAUCAAAGACGACAGAUACUUCCACGUCUUCACCAGGUACGUGGUUGUUAAAGCUAGUACAUUUUUAUUCAUCCAGGUUUAUUCACCCAGGUUAUGACAUACGAUACAUAUCUCAUCUUUUAAUGGUUAACACUGUCAGAAACAUCAGAGACAUGCUGCAUGUCCUCUGCUUUCUCAGUAACGGACAUUUACAGACAUAAUAAGCUAGAAUCGCAUGUUAGUAGUUUUGUUGAUACUCUGCAAACGUUUUUCUUGUUGCAGAACCGUGAUAUCGUCUUUGUAGAUCUUGCAUGUUAUGUAUGUAUGUAUGCUAUGGAAACAAACAUUUUCAAAGUCAAAUGAAAACAUUAUCUGUUGUGUUCACUACAUAGUCAAAACUGUAACCGUCUAAUAUUAUGAUUGUUGUGUUCAUCUUUAACCUCUAAUGUUUUGAUGAUUGUUGUGUCCAUCCAUAGUGUGAUGCAGGAAGUGCAGGCGUUGUUUAACCCGGAAGCAGUAGUGAUGCAGCUGGGAGCUGACACCAUGGCCGGGGACCCCAUGUGUUCCUUCAACAUGACCCCUGUAGGGGUGGCCCAGUGUCUUCGCCAUGUACUAGACUGGCACCUACCCACACUGCUGCUGGGAGGAGGUGGGUCUGACAACACACGCACACCAGGGUUUCUGUUAGCUGGUAAUUGCCGGCUUUGUGACGUUAAAAUAAAUGAAAAGCUGAUGAAUAAAAUAGUAGCCGGCCAUCAAGGCAGGGUGGCUUCAGCACCAUUUUCUCACUCCUGCCCGCUGCCUUACGUCCAUGUUCAUGCUACUGAGGAGAGAGAGAGCACGAGAGAGGAGCCUUGGGCUACUGUUGACUGUGAUGAUGGAAGCCUUUUUCAUUAAAGUAAAAUGAAAGUUAGAGAAUAUUCCUAUAGUGAAAAGCCUACUACGGAACAAGUUUUAAUAUUGUAGUGGACAAAGAUAAGAAGAACGUUGGCGCUGCCAACUUCAGGCUACUGUGCAACUCGCUAUUCAGGUAGGAUGCAAUUUUUGAACUUUAUAAAUUUUUUCGUGUUUAUAAACAUUUGUUUUAUCAUUAUUAUUAUUAUUGUAUACCAUUAUUAUUAUUGGAGGCUGAACUGUGAGGUGGACAUUAUUUCGUAUUUAUAAACAUUUGUUUUAUCAUUAUUAUUGUAUACCAUUAUUUUUAUUGUAGGCCUAUUUAUUAAUCCAAACCAGUUCUUUAAAUAUGCAAAAUAUGUUUUGUUUCAUUUUGUGGAGACAUUUUCGUUGGCUAUAUUACAGCCCUCUAACCAAUUGUACUAUUAUGUGUGUUUUUUCGCAUUAUUUGUAAUUUAUUCUGUACAUAAUAUUUCUGCCACCGUCUCUUAUGACCAAAAAGAGCUUCUAGAUAUCAGGACAGCGAUUACUCACCUCGUAUUGGACUAAGAUUUUUUUUCAACGAGUUGGACGCAAAGGAUAUCCUAUAGACACCCGACAAGGCCCAAAUCCCCGUCAUUCGCAUGAGAAAGAGACAGAGAUAUCGUGGACGUGGGUCGGGGUGCCUUGAAAGGAUCCGACGGCGAGCGAGAAAUCUGCCUCUUCCAUCAAUCCUAUUAGCCAAUGUUCAAUCAUUUGAAAAUAAAUUAGACGACCUAAGAUUACGGUUAUCCUACCAACGGGACAUUAAAAACUGUAAUAUUUUAUGUUUCACCGAGUCGUGGCUGAACGACGACAUGGAUAAGAUACAGCUGGCGGGAUAUACGCUACAUUCGGCAGGAUAGAACGGCUGACUCCGGUAUGACAAGGGGUGGCGGUCUGUGUAUAUUUGUAAACAACAGCUGGUGCAUAAAAUCUAAUACUAAGGAAGUGUCAAGGUUUUGCUCGCCUGAGGUAGAGUAUCUCAUGAUAAGCUGUAGACCACAGUAUUUACCAAGAGAGUUUUCAUCUAUAUUUUUCGUAGCUGUAUAUUUACCACCACAAACCGAUGCAGGCACUAAGAUUGCACUCAAUGAGCUGUAUAAGGCCAUAAGUAAACAGGAAAACGCUCAUCCAGAGGCAGCGCUCCUAGUGGCCGGGGACUUUAAUGCAGGGAAACUUAAAUCCGUUCUACCUAAUUUCUACCGGCAUGUUAAAUGUGCAACCAGAGGGGAAAAAAACUCUAGAGGAGCGCUGCCUCUGGAUGAAGCACCAGUGACUCGGUUAAUAAGGAAGUGGUCAGAUGUCGCAGAUGCUAAGCAACAGGACUGUUUUGCUAGCACAGACUGGAAUAUAUUCCGGGAUUCUUCCAAUAGCAUUGAGUAGUACACCACAUCAGUCACUGGCUUCAUCAAUAAGUGCAUCGAUGACGUCGUCCCUACAGUGACCGUACGUACAUUCCCCAACCAGAAGCCAUGGAUUACAGGCAACAUCCACACUGAGCUAAAGGGUAGAGCUGCCGCCUUCAAGGAGCAGGACUCUAACCCGGAUGCUUAUAAGAAAUCCCGCUAUGCCCUCCGACGAGCCAUCAAACAGGCAAAGAGUCAAUACAGGACUAAGAUUGAAUCGUACUACACCGGCUCUGACGCUCGUCGGAUGUGGCAGGGCUUGCAAACUAUUACAGACUACAAAGGGAGCUGCCCAGUGACACAAGCCUACCAGACGAGCUAAAUCACUUCUAUGCUAGCUUCGAGGCAAGCAACACUGAAGCAUGCAUGAGAGCAUCAGCUGUUCCGGAUGACUAUGUGAUCAAGCUCUCUGUAGCCGAUGUGAGUAAGACUUUUAAGCAGUUCAACAUUCACAAGGGGCCAGACGGAUUACCAGGACGUGUACUCUGAGCAUGCGCUGACCAACUGGCAAGUGUCUUCACUGACAUUUUCAACAUGUCCCUGACUGAGUCUGUAAUACCAACAUGUUUCAAGCAGACCACCAUAGUCCCUGUGCCCAAGAACACUAAGAUAACCUGCCUAAAUGACUACUGACCCAUAGCACUCACGUCUGUAUCCAUUAAGUGCUUUGAAAGGCUGGUCAUGGCUCAUAUCAACACCAUUAUCCCAGAAACCCUAGACCCACUCCAAUUUGCAUACGCAAUCUUUAUUGCACUCCACACUGCCCUUUUCCACCUGGACAAGAGUUACACCUACGGUAGAAUGCUAUUCAUUGACUACAGCUCAGCGUUCAACACCAUAGUGCCCUCAAAGCUCAUCACUAAGCUAAGGACCCUGGGACUAAACACCUCCCUCUGCAACUGGAUCCUGGACUUCCUGACGGGCCGCCCCCAGGUGGUAAGGGUAGGUAACAACACAUCUGCCACGCUGAUCCUCAACACGGGGGCCCCUCAGGGGUGUGUGCUCAGUCCCCUCCUGUACUCCCUGUUCACCCAUGACUGCAUGGCCAGGCACGACUCCAACACCAUCAUUAAGUUUGCCGACGACACAACAGUGGUAGGCCUGAUCACCGACAAUGAUGAGACAGCCUAUUGGGAGGAGGUCAGAGACCUGGCCGUGUGGUGCCAGGAUAACAACCUCUCCCUCAACGUGCUCAAGACAAAGGAGAUGAUUGUGGACUACAGGAAAAAAAAGAGGACUGAGUACGCCCCCAUUCUCAUCGACGGGGCUGUAGUGGAGCAGGUUGAGAGCUUCAAGUUCCUUGGUGUCCACAUCACCAACAAACUAUCAUGGUCCAAACACACCAAGACAGUCGUGAAGAGGGCACGACAAAGCCUAUUCCUCCUCAGGAGACUGAAAAGAUUUGGCAUGGGUCCUCAGAUCCUCAAAGUUAUACAGCUGCACCAUCGAGAGCAUCCUGACUGGUUGUAUCACCGCCUGGUAUGGUAACUGCUCAGCCCCCGACCGCAAGGCACUACAGAGGGUAGUGCGUACGGCCAAGUACAUCACUGGGACCAAGCUUCCUGCCAUCCAGGACCUCUAUACCAGGCGGUGUCAGAGGAAGGCCCUAAUAAUUAUCAAAGACUCCAGUCACCCUAGUCAUAGACUGUUCUCUCUGCUACCGCACGGCAAGUGGUACCGGAGCGCCAAGUCUAGGUACAAAAGGCUUCUUAACAGCUUCUACCCCCAAGCCAUAAGACUCCUGAACAGCUAAUCAUGGCCAAUAAUGCAUUGCCCCACCCCACCCCAACCCCCUUUUUUACGCUGCUGCUACUCUGUUUAUUAUUUAUGCAUAGUCACUUUAACUCUACCAACAUGUACAUAUUACCUCACUUACCUCAACUAACCGGUGCCCCCGCACAUUGACUCUGUACCGGUACCCCCUGUAUAUAACCUCCCUACUGUUAUUUUAUUUUACUGCUGCUCUUUAAUUAUUUGCAAAUUUAAUUUUUUUCUUAAACUGCAUUGUUGGUUAUGGGCUUCUAAGUAAGCAUUUCACUGUAAUGCCUACACCUAUUGUAUUUGGCGCAUGUGGCAAAUAACAUUUGAUUUGAUUCUUUUUUAAUUGUGUGCUCCAUAUUUACAGUGGGGGAAAAAAGUAUUUAGUCAGCCACCAAUUGUGCAAGUUCUCCCACUUAAAAAGAUGAGAGAGGCCUGUAAUUUUCAUCAUAGGUACACGUCAACUAUGACAGACAAAAUGAGAAAAAAAAUCCAGAAAAUCACAUUGUAGGAUUUUUAAUGAAUUUAUUUGCAAAUUAUGGUGGAAAAUAAGUAUUUGGUCAAUAACAAAAGUUUCUCAAUACUUUGUUAUAUACCCUUUGUUGGCACUGACACAGGUCAAACAUUUUCUGUAAGUCUUCACAAGGUUUUCACACACUGUUGCUGGUAUUUUGGCCCAUUCCUCCAUGCAGAUCUCCUCUAGAUCAGUGAUGUUUUGGGUCUGUCGCUGGGCAACACGGACUUUCAACUCCCUCCAAAGAUUUUCUAUGGGUUUGAGAUCUGGAGACUGGCUAGGCCACUCCAGGACCUUGAAAUGCUUCUUACGAAGCCACUCCUUCGUUGCCCGGGCGGUGUGUUUGGGAUCAUUGUCAUGCUGAAAGACCCAGCCACGUUUCAUCUUCAAUGCCCUUGCUGAUGGAAGGAGGUUUUCACUCAAAAUCUCACGAUACAUGGCCCCAUUCAUUCUUUCCUUUACACGGAUCAGUCAUCCUGGUCCCUUUGCAGAAAAACAGCCCCAAAGCAUGAUGUUUCCACCCCCAUGCUUCACAGUAGGUAUGGUGUUCUUUGGAUGCAACUCAGCAUUCUUUGUCCUCCAAACACGACGAGUUGAGUUUGUACCAAAAAGUUCUAUUUUGGUUUCAUCUGACAUUCUCCCAAUCCUCUUCUGGAUCAUCCAAAUGCACUCUAGCAAACUUCAGACGGGCCUGGACAUGUACUGGCUUAAGCAGGGGGACACGUCUGGCACUGCAGGAUUUGAGUCCCUGGCGGCGUAGUGUGUUACUGAUGGUAGGCUUUGUUACGUUGGUCCCAGCUCUCUGCAGGUCAUUCACUAGGUCCCCCCGUGUGGUUCUGGGAUUUUUGCUCACCGUUCUUGUGAUCAUUUUGACCCCACGGGGUGAGAUCUUGCGUGGAGCCCCAGAUCGAGGGAGAUUAUCAGUGGUCUUGUAUGUCUUCCAUUUCCUAAUAAUUUCUCCCACAGUUGAUAUAUUCAAACCAAGCUGCUUACCUAUUGCAGAUUCAGUCUUCCCAGCCUGGUGCAGGUCUACAAUUUUGUUUCUGGUGCCCUUUGACAGCUCUUUGGUCUUGGCCAUAGUGGAGUUUGGAGUGUGACUGUUUGAGGUUGUGGACAGGUGUCUUUUAUACUGAUAACAAGUUCAAACAGGUGCCAUUAAUACAGGUAACGAGUGGAGGACAGAGGAGCAUCUUAAAGAAGAAGUUACAGGUCUGUGAGAGCCAGAAAUCUUGCUUGUUUGUAGGUGACCAAAUACUUAUUUUCCACCAUAAUUUGCAAAUAAAUUCAUUAAAAAUCCUACAAUGUGAUUUUCUGGAUAUUUUUUCUCAAUUUGUCUGUCAUAGUUGACGUGUACCUAUGAAGAAAAUUACAGGCCUCUCUCAUCUUUUUAAGUGGGAGAACUUGCGCAAUUGGUGGCUGACUAAAUACUUUUUUUCCCCACUGUAGUUUAAGAUAGGUUAUAAGUAGGCCUGUUGUACAAUAAAUAUCAUUAGCCUAUUGAUGUCAUUUGUUUGGUACAAUAGGCACUAGCCUUUCUUGGUAAUUGUUGCAAUAUAGGCUGUUAAACUUUUGUGAAGGUUUAAGACAGUUCGCAAGUGUUUUGUUUCAUUCUGUUGAGCCAUUUUCUUUGGCCAAAUUAAGUUCCAACUGUAAUGUUGUGUUAUCCGCAAUAUAAUAUCCUGCUCGUAUUUUGCCCUAUAAACAAUUUCUUGACUUACUUUUGAUAUUAACUUAAUAAAGUUUUAAAACUUUAAAACGCCUAUAUCUGUAUAACAGACGCAGUAGCCUAUCUGACAAGGAUAAAUAAAUGUGUGUCAUAGCAGGCAUAUCUCGAUCUCUCUCUGAGGCUAGUCCUAAGCUUCUCUUCCUUUUAUAUUUAAAAUAUUCAUAUCAUACAGUGGAUGCCUAAGCGCAUAGGCCUAUGCAUGCAAUGCCCUGAUCCAUUUAGUGCUCAAAUCUCCAACAGCUCAACCGUGAGGUGGACAAUUAUUGUUUUAGGAAAGCAAAAACCAAUAAAACAGUAGGCUAUAAAGUUUUCCAUAUGCUACACUUCGAAAACAAGGAAUAGUGUUUUUGUCUUUUGUUAUAGACUGUUUUUAAGGACACGUAAAUGUGGAUCUUUUGGCCAAUAUCCCUGGCUGUGUGGGUGGACGCCUUAAUGGAUUACGCACCCAAGGCAUAUGGAUGUAAAUUUCUCAAAUGUCAGAUAAAUGAGAAUCUUCCCGUUCAUUUGUCCGGUGCCAAAAUUGUCCUCACGGAAACCCCCACACACACGGUCAGAAACCACAGCCUAGUGUCUACGCCACGUACUAGACUGGCACCUACCCACACUGCUGCUGGGAGGAGGCUGGUCUCACGUACGCAUAUACGCACGCGCGCACACACAAACACAUCGACACACACAAACGUACCUACACACACACACACAUCUGAAACCCCAGCUCCAGACCCCUCAGCCCUGUACCAGAUGAUAGCUGUUAAUUACACCAGUACAAUGAAGCCCUUUUACUCACUACAAUACCUCUCUUUUUCCUCCCUCCUUCUCGCUCUCUAUACUGCCUUUCUCUUUCACUCUCCUCCUCACUUAUUUUCCUUUCUCACUCUCUCCAUCUCUUCUCUCUCUCUCUCUAGGAGGGUAUAACCUAGCCAAUACGGCCCGUUGUUGGACCUACCUGACUGGGGCCGUACUGAGACAAACACUGGCCUCUGAGAUACCUGACCAUGAGGUAAGAGUAAACACAAACUCUAUACAUAGCCCCAAACACACAAAGCACCUCACACAGGCACGCACAAACACAAAGACACAGACACACACACACCUUGCGGUCAGUCUUCGCUGAGUCAUUCCCUCUAAUAAAAGAUGGCCGCCGGUCCUCAAUAAAGGGGUUUGUUUCCAGGUGAAUCAGGAGGGAUGGAGGGAGUAGGAGAGGAGAAAGGGGGGACAAUACCACUCUGUCCCCUCCAGACCUGA